UUUGAAUAAAAAAAAACCUAAAGAUGAGAAGAAAAUGAGAAGCCCAAGAAGAAAAGAGAGAACCCCCAUAUUGCUUUGUAUGAUUUGUCUCUGCGUCUUUUCAACUGAGCACACACUGACUCUGAGUCAUGGGGAGGUCCGGAUAUUGGCGACCCACCAUGGGACCUCUCUCUGAAUCCCUCUGUGAACCUCUCAUAACCCUUUCUGCCCUUCUUCAAUUUCACCAAAUGGAUUCGAUUUUUGGCUCAAUUUUGUUUUCUUUAAUCAUGGGUCGAAAUUUUCUACUUAAAGAGAGAGAAUUGGGGGGUGGUGUUGGGGUGUUUUGACCAACCCAAAACCCUUGAAACCCCUUUUUCUUCGUCAUAAUUGUUUGUUUCUUCGAAUCGAUUCCAAUUUCUGGGUUAUGAAAUACACAAAAAGCAAACCCAAGUAGAGAAGAAAAAGUGUGGAUUGGCAGCAUUUCUCUGUUUGGGUUUGCAGGUAACCAAGCGAGGAACAGACCCCACGUCCCCAAAUGUUCACACUCAACCAUGUGGUAAUGGACAGAGAUUGGAUUAAGACUUCAGAGAGACAAUUGAGAUGGUUAGAAAUUAAACCCUUUUAAUGGUUUCACUUACCAAGCCUGCAGUGCAGAGAAAAAGGCAGAAACCAGAAGGCAUUCUCUCUAAUAACAGCUAGAUGGAAGAGUUGCGCCAGCAUUGAGGUUGUAGGAUGGCUAAAAAGAAAGUGACUUCGUCUGAAAAAUGGUGCUGAGAAGACCUGGCAGGAACAGGAGUUUCAACAGAGAGAAUCCAGAUAUUUUGAUUAUGAUGAUUGCAGUGGAUCAGAUAAUAAGAGGUUAUGAGCAGGACAAAGGAGAUGGCACAGAGAGGAAGGGCAUGGGCCCUUUAAAGCCUGCAACAAAGAGUAAGUGGUUUCUGCACCCAAGAGCAAUGCUUUCUCUCUCUCUCCACCCCCCGGUUUUCUCUUAUGUGACUGUUACUUCCUUCUAUCUUUAUUUAGUGGGUUCAUUUCCUCCAUCUUCACCUUCAUGCAGAGUCCUCUUUUUUGCCUCUUGACUCUCUCUUUCUUCCUUUUAAUGGUUCUCUGAGAUGGAUGUCAUUCAUUUUCCAGAGCUGUACCUAUUUUAGCUUUAAAGUUUGAGACCGGAGAUUGAGAUUAUACACCUCCCUGGUGUUCAAUGCUCCAAACUUAAGCUUCUCGGGGUUUGGGCACUUGAAGCUAUUCCAUUCUCCUUUUUUCAUGCAAAAUUUUGUAUCACUUUUCUUUUACCAUCAGCUUUAUGUUGUGAUUUGGCAGAAGCCGGAAAAGUGGGAAUACAGCACCAGUCAUUAUUGCUUCUUUUCCGCUUGUUUUUUUUUCUAUAAAAGCAAAGCUUCUCGUCCACUUUAUCUGAAUUUUCACAAUGUUACCCUUUUCUGGAGAAACAAGAAACCAAGUUCUUUGAAUCUUCUCCUUUUGCUUUGUUAGGUUGUCUUUGAUCUCCUGUGAGUGAAGAACCAUAAAGCAUGUGAACAGUAUAACAACUUUUUUUGCGUUUUAUACGUUGCAAGUUUGAAGUUCUUCACUAAGCCAUCACAUCCAUUUAUUUGCCUAAUUCAGGACCACGGUGUUCCUUUCAGAAGAUUUGUUGUGGGGCUUUCACUCUAAGUUUCUCAUCCUAUUUUAGGAUGAUAAAUAUUUAUCAAAUGGAAGGUUGGUUUCUUUUGUCAUUUUGUGCUAAUCAGUGUCCAAUCUUUAUGUUCUGCCUUGUGGUUUACAGAGUGAGUUUUGAUGUGGACCACUAUUUCCUUGUGUCUUGUAUGCUGUUGUGAUUGUUCCCUCGUCUGCAUUGUGUGUCAAAAUAAAUUGUAAAGCUUCAGAGUAUGACUUAUCAAUAUAAAUUUUUGGUUUGUCCUUAUCUGUUCUAAUUUUUUCCUUAUUGUGGCAAUUGCGUCUGGACAUGGGACAACUGCUAAUUUCCCUUUCCAACAUUGAAGAAUCUUCAUAUAUUUUAGACAGUCUCUCAUCUAAUGUGAAUUUGGAUGUCUGGAUUGAGCUGCAUGAUUUUUCUUUUUCCCUUGAACUGGGAAAGAAAGUUUAUUCUUUGUUUGGUACAUAACAAUCAAUGUUGAAAAUAACUUCGAAUUGCAGCCAAAACGAUAUAGUAGUUCGAGUAUGUUAACUUGUGCUGUUGCUUGGAUUGUUGGAGAGUGACUUGAUGAAUGCUCUGGUGGAUUGGAUAUGGCAAGCCCAAAUUCUGUUGUAGCCGGAUUUCCUAUCCUUUUGACUCUGCGGGAAUCUGGACGCUCUGCUACUAGUGCUGAUAAUCACAUAGUUGAUCAAUUGGGAUUUUUAGGUUCUCCAAUGUCUACUGCCCUGCAACGAAUCGAUUUGGGGGAUGCUUGUUUGAGUCCAUCUGGUAAUGUCGAGUUUCAAAAUCAGUUGGCAGGAGAAAUUCCUGUUACUUCUCUCUUUCAAUCCACCUUUCUUGCUCCAGUAAAUGAUAUUCGUGAAAAUGCAAAAGAUUCAGCAUUUCCAGACCCUCAGUUUCAGCAAUUAGAAACCUUUAGAACGUGCAUCUUACACAGUUCCUCUAAUGCUUCUAAUUCUUCAUUUGCAAGUUCUCUGAUAUGUGAAGGUGAUGAGUCUCUUUGUAAUGCAAAUAACAAGUGGGAAAGUGAUAGGUUUCAUUGUAUUCAGCAACUUUCUAGGGAGAAUCCAGAAAGAUCAGAUUUCCAGACCAUCUCGUCAAUGGAACACCUGCAUCAGAAUGGCUGGAUGCCAUCUAACACUAUGAACUCCAAGUUAUGGAAUGAGCUUUCUCUAAGCCUUGCCACAUCCGAACCUGUCCUCAGUGGAGGAACCAAUUUCCUGGACCAGUAUCCACAGUUGACCUUUUCUGAUUCUAAUCAGCCUUGUUUGAACAGCACGGAAUUAGCCUCGAACCUGAAUUCAGGCAGCUCCAGGGACCUCCCUCUUAGUUAUGGAUGUGGUAGUCCUGUUCACCUUUCUCGUGCAAUAGCAGGAUCAAGAUAUCUUUCUGUCAUUCAGGACGUACUCUCCCAAAUUGCAAGAUAUCCACUGGAAAGUUCGGAGCAAGCUUGUCAUUCAACUACUACUGUGGGGUUUGUGCCAUCCCUGGAUGAUGCUACAAUUGAAUAUGGUUCUGAUGUAACUGUUAGAUACAAUUCUCAAAUGGAGCCUGAAUGUCAAAAACCAUCGGUUGAUGCCAAGAAAUCCCAUCUGUUGACUCUACUACAAUUGAUUGAUGAGAGGUACACUCAAUGCCUAGACGAAAUUCAUACCGUUACAUCUGCGUUUCAUGCCGCCACUGAUUUGGACCCUUGCUUGCAUACUCACUAUACUCUCCAGACAAUCACUUCAGUGUAUAAAAAUCUGAGGGAGAAAAUUACCAAUUGUAUUUUUGCUAUGGGUAUGCAUUCUAACACAAUGUGCACCAAGGAGAAGGAAAAAUCCUUUGAGGCAACAUUCAUCCAGAAGCAGUGGGCUCUACAGCAAUUGAAAAGGAAAGAUAAUCAAUUAUGGAGGCCACAGAGAGGCUUGCCUGAGAAAUCUGUCUCCGUUCUAAGGGCAUGGAUGUUUCAAAACUUUCUCCAUCCGUAUCCCAAGGACACAGAGAAGCAUUUACUUGCAGUAAAAAGUGGAUUAACUAGAAAUCAGGUGUCUAAUUGGUUCAUCAAUGCUCGUGUCCGGUUGUGGAAACCGAUGAUUGAAGAAAUGUAUGCUGAAAUGAGCAGAAGAAAAUCCAGUCAAAACGAGGAAGGAAUCGAAAGAAUUCAUCGACCCAGAUAAGCAAUAGCAGCAAGAAGAUGGUAGCUUGAACUGUGAAUGUGAUAAGCGGGAUUGAGCAUUGUAUGGGGGACUUGAAUAGAUUAGAAAAGUGUAUUGGACCGAAUUCCAACUACAUAUUCUUUUUGGUAAUCGAAUUGAAACAAUUAAACCUGAA